UAUAAUUCAAUUAUAAGAAGAAACGAUAUAAUAAAAGAGAGUGUAUCUGAAAUAUAAAGUAGUAAUAUGGUACUUAAUUGUAACUUGACAAACAAUCAUAAAACUUUUAGGGUUUAAGGGAUUUUUAGAACCGAAUUCAAAUUAAAAUCUUCAGAAUCGAAGAAGAAGAAGAAGAAGAAGAAGAAGAGAAAAUGAGCAAGAGGCAAGGUCCACCAAAGCACCAAAACCGCUUUGCAUGGCAGCCAAACGCCGGCCACAAAAUCAACGAAACGGAAGUUGGUGGAAAGCUGAGACCUUUAUCGGAGAUCACUGGAGUUUGCCCUCGUUGUAAAGAACAGAUUGAUUGGAAACGCCGUUAUGGCAAGUACAAGCCUCUUUCUGAGCCUGCUAAAUGUCAACAAUGCUCGAAACGCACUGUUCGUCAGGCUUACCAUAAUUUGUGUACUGCUUGUGCUAAAGAGCAAAAAGUGUGUGCAAAGUGUCGUUGCCGCGUGGCUAACAUAAUUGGAAGAGACUCUGCUGAAAUAGAAGCUGAGCAAAAGAUGCUCGAGGAGGCCAUAAAAAAUGCUAGAGAGAGGGACAGGAGGAGUCUCCUACGUGCUAUGAACAAAGGUACACCAAAGAGUUCUGAGAAAGUUGCAUCUAAUGAAGGAAAUAAGGUUGGGGAUUUGUUUCCCUCUGCAUCACUUGAAGAAUAUGCUGCAAAAAGCAGAGGACACAAUCAUGAAGAUAAUAGGCAUAAAAAUCAUGAGGAUGAUCAUGGUGAUGAAGCAGAAGAAGAAAUAGAAGAAGAUGAAGAUGGUGAUGAUGACGACAAGUACGAUGAUGAUAAUGGUGAAGCUGAAGAUGGAAAUAAAUCUGAAGAUGAAAAUUAAACUAGCAUGACAGUGCACCAAAAGCUGCAUUCAGUUUCCAAGAUUAUGGGAUCUCUUACCAAUGUUGGCAUGGAAAAUUGGAAAUAUGAAAUUAGUUGCGUUUGGUUUCUGUUGGUAUGCAAAAGAUUAUCACCACAUGGAAACAGUUAUUUUUUCUUCUUUCUUUUCUCUCAUGAUUGUUAUCAUAGAUAUUAGUGAACCUUCUGCACUAUUAUGAGUAGCCCAAGACAGGUGGCACCUAAUGGUGUAAAUUUUGGAUUGUUAAUGUUAUAACAAUCCUGUAGUUUUUGUUCA